AAACAUAGAGAGACUUGGAGAUUCAGAGAAAGAGAAGAUGAAGCUUCAAUCUGUGUUCUUGUUCUUAGACUUACUAGUGUUGUUUCUCUCAAUUGCAUCUGUAAAUUCAGUCUCUGCAGUCGACACCAAUACCUCUACAUGUCCACUGGAUCUGAGCUAUGUACAGAGGAUGCCUUGGGAUGAUUCUUCCUGCAGAAAUUACCACCAAAACACAAGCCAAAAUGGAACAACAAGUGAUUGCUGCCAGACCCUUCUCAGUCUUUAUGGAAUUGCUUUUGCUCAGCGCCUUAAAGACACCUCCCUCUUCCAACUCCCAGAUGUUAACACCUCCAUAGCUUGUUUCCAUACCUUCCAAUCCAUUCUUGAUUCCCUUUCUCUCCCUUCGGAUCUCGUUUCCUCCUGCUUCAGUAACCCUUACCGUUUCGUUAUCAGUCCCAAUAUCUGUGCAGGAAUUGAAACCAAGCAAAACUGGAUUGACAAGCUUGGACACACUACUUCCCUGAACUCUGGAUGUUAUUCUGAUCUCUCUGGUACCGCUUGUGAUGCCUGCGUUGCCGCGGGUCAAAAGGUUCAAGCCAAUUUAACUACUCUUGACGGUAAUAUAUCUCAUGCCACUAAUUGCUGGUACUUCACAAUUCUUUACGCCGGAGGAAUUGUCAAUCAAUUUGGGCCGGAGAACGUCAGCACUGCGUCUUGCAUUUUUGGGCUCCCAAUUGCUUCUGCCGUGGAUGGAAGCAGCAACAGCCAUUCGGCUCUCGUGCCUGCCUUGAUUGGUGCUGGUGCGGCUGCUCUGCUUAUCUCCUGUUUAUUGGGUUUCUAUGUCUGGUGGCAUUGGUUCAGGAAAGGCAAGCCAGGUGCUGGGUUUGAUGUAGAAGAGCAGCUGGGAUCGAAACCGCGGUUGCGUCGCAAUAAUUUCUCAGUUUGGUUCAAGAUUGCUGACCUAGAAAAAGCUACAAAUUAUUUUUCAGAGAAGAAUUUGAUUGGGAAAGGUGGGUGUGGAGUUGUGUACAGAGGGACCUUAUCAGAUGGUACUCCAGUUGCUGUGAAGAAGAUCACAGAAUCAGAUUUUCAAGGGGAUGCAGAGUUUUGUAAUGAAGUUGAGCUCAUCAGCAAUCUGAAGCACAGGAAUUUAGUCCCCCUCAGAGGCUGCUGUGUUACAGAAGAGGAAGAUGAUGAUGAAAGAGGCCAACAGAGGUACUUGGUUUAUGAGUUCAUGCCAAAUGGGAACCUUGAAGAUCAUCUGUUCGGUAGAAUGAUGAAGAAGCAACCUCUAAGUUGGCCUCAGAGGAGGAGUAUAAUCUUGGAUGUGGCUAAGGGGCUUGCCUAUCUUCACUAUGGAGUGAAACCUGCAAUAUAUCACAGAGACAUUAAGGCCACCAAUAUACUAUUGGAUGAAGAUAUGAAGGCUAGAGUGGCAGACUUUGGACUGGCCAAGCAAAGCAGUGAAGGGCAGUCUCAUCUCACCACCAGAGUUGCCGGCACACAUGGUUACUUGGCGCCGGAGUACGCACUCUAUGGCCAGUUGACGGAGAAGAGUGAUGUUUAUAGCUUUGGUGUGGUUCUAUUGGAGAUAAUGUGUGGGAGGAAAGCACUAGACUUGUCAUCCUCAGACUCACCAAGGUCUUUCCUGAUUACAGACUGGGCGUGGACACUCGUGAAAUCAGGGCAGAUAGAAGAAGCUUUGGAUGCUUCGCUACUGAAAGAUGGGGAUUCUACAAAUCCCAACCUGAAGGAAAUUAUGGAGAGAUUUGUUCUAAUUGGGAUUUUGUGUGCUCAUGUCAUGGUGGCUCUAAGGCCUACAAUCUUGGAAGCAUUAAGGAUGCUGGAAGGAGACAUUGAGAUCCCUUCAAUUCCGGACCGGCCGUUGCCUCUUGGCCACUCAUCAUCACGUUACAUUGAUGGAAACACUUUCAGUACAUCACCCUUCAUGGACAGGCCACUGCUAGACAUGAAAGAGAUGCUCUGGUAAUCAGAAAGAAAGGCUCAGAUUUGUAAAUAGUUCAGAGUAGUCCUACCUUUCGGGUGAAUUGUUCAUCAUUCAUGGAAACAUGUAUAUAUGAGGGUCACAAUAGCGUUUCAUUUAUUCUUAAAUCUUUACAGUUCAUACAAAAAUAUCCAAUUCUGGAAUAUCGUAAGUCUCCAAGGCACAUGGAAAAGAUACUACAAUGAAUGGAGACACAAGGAUUUCCAAGGGAGGUGCCCUUUAUAUUCCUUGCAAUAGCUGUAUACUCGUAUACUUCAUUUUUUUUUCUGUUCUACAAUUGGGUUUUUGUUGGCCUUGUAUAUUUGUCUUUAGGUUCAGCAUUCCAUUUGCCAAUUCCUAGUACAUUUACAUGGGAGAUUCUUUUUUUUUUUUUUUGGAUAGAGAACUACAAGGGAAUUUU